CAUGAGACGCUAGGGAGGGCUUAGUGCCUAAAGCACAGACCAUUCAGGGUGACGGUGACGAAGGUGAAGCCAACGCAACGUGCCCUUACGGCAACGAUCUUAAUCGUGUGCAAGGAGAAAAUGAAAGCCGCUGGCACUGGUCCCGCUGAGGCGGGACCACGUAGCACGCUUCUCGUCGACAAACAUGCAACCUACAUCAAGUCUUUUUCCCGGCUCUGGGAUACCCCCGACAAGCUCGAGUUCGUGGCCACGGAGCACUUUUGGAUGAGUGGCAUGUACUGGGGCCUGUCUGCCAUGUACCUCAUGGGCCGGCUAGGAGAUAUGGACCGCGACGCCAUCCUGGGAUGGGUGAUGCGCUGUCAGCACACGAACGGCGGCUUCGGCGGCAGCGAGCGCAACGACCCGCACCUGUUGUACACGCUCAGCGCAGUACAGAUCCUGGCGCUGUAUGACAGGCUGGAUGACGUGGACGCGGACAAGGUUGCGGCAUACGUGGCCGGCCUGCAGCGACCGGACGGCUCCUUCGCAGGCGAUGCCUGGGGCGAAAUCGACACCAGGUUCACGUACUGCGCGCUGCUGUGCCUGUCCAUUCUGGGCCGCACCGCCGCCAUCAACGUGCCCUCCGCGCUGGACUUCAUCGCCAAGUGCAAGAACUUCGAUGGCGGGUUCGGCUGCACGCCAGGCAACGAGUCGCAUGCGGGCCAGGUGUUUACGUGCAUUGGCGCGCUGUCGCUGGCCAACGCGCUGCACCUGGUGGACCGAGACCUGUUCUGCUGGUGGUUGUGCGAACGGCAGACCAAGUCGGGCGGCCUGAACGGCAGACCGGAGAAGUUGCAGGACGUGUGCUACUCCUGGUGGUGCCUGUCCUGCCUCAGCAUUCUGGGCCGCCUGCACUGGAUCGACCGCUCCGCGCUGACGACCUUCAUCCUGGACUGCCAAGAUGAGGAGGACGGCGGCAUUAGCGACCGGCCAGACGACAUGGCCGACGUCUACCACACCUUCUUCGGCAUCGCCGGCCUCUCGCUCAUGGGCUACCCCAACCUGGCCGCCAUCGACCCCACGUGGGCGCUGCCGGUGGAGGUGGUGGAGCGGAUAAAGCGGCGGAACGAGGCGGCAGCGAGUGCGAGUGGGAAAUGAGCGUGAUGGGUUUAAAGCGGGUUAUGCUGUGUUUGUUUGAAGCAUGAGGAUUGAUGUAGAUGACGAUAAAUUAAACGGGCUAGGUUGGGGCAUUGGCGCAUUGCCAGGUUGGAAUCAACCCAAUACCGUGCAUAGAAGGAGCCAUGGCGUAGUUGGCAACGCUGCUGGUGGGCGGACGCACGGGGCUUGGGACACACUGCACACGCUUCGGUUUGCAUUAGGCGUAGGUGCUGAACUGUGGCCACUGGGUACCGUACUUGGUCGAAGACUAUGGGCAUCUAAUAAUGGGGCUUGCUUUACAUGUAUACAAACGAGCGGCCCCGGGCCAAAGCAGUGGCGGCGUGCAUGUGAGUAGCAGAUAAAGUGAUAAAUAGAUGGAGCAGGCAAGGCCACGUGGAGGAGGAUAGCACGUCGCCGCCCAAGAAGCGACAGGUUGAUGCCCGGCCUGUAGCAGCCUUUGCUGGCGAGCACAGCAUGGCACGGGGUGGGGUACCUCGUCAAUCGAGUGGCUGCCGCUGUUUGGCAUUGUGAUGACUCCGACGCUCCGAGUUUUGGCUGUUUGCUUUGCUUUCUGCUGCGCUUGUGCUUGACAGCGGGACGCGGCUGGAGUGGGCGGUGCCUGCACAAAUCGAUGUCCGGGAGAUAAGGCUGAUGAGGUAGACGCUUGCGGCCUUGGACGGGAACCGUGGCUCGGGCGCAGCCCAUUCUUUUCCCUGGAAUCUUGUCGAAAGAAUAUCCAAGUCAAUGGUUCAUCAGGCGGUACUGGUAAUGGACCACGGCA